AUGGCGGAGUGUUUUGGCGGCGACGACGAGAUUUCUCGUCCCUCAGGAUGGCUGGGGCAAGCUUGGUGCCUGAGGCGAGUUGGCAUGAAUGAAGAGUGGCUGCUGCUGGAGGAUGGGAGCGAGGUAACUUUAGGUCGAGGAGGUGGUGUCACUUACCAGCUGUCCUCAAAAUCCUGUCCACUGAUGAUCUCUCGGAAUCAUUGCAUUUUCAAGCAAAAUGCCAAUGGCCAGUGGACCGUGAUGGAUAACAAGAGCCUAAAUGGUGUCUGGCUGAACUGUGAACGCAUUGACCCUUCAAGGGCCUAUAUUUUACAAGAGGGGGACUUUAUCCAAUUAGGUGUGCCUUUAAAACACAAAGAAACUGCUGAGUAUGAAUAUGCACUGAUAAAGGAAGAAAGGAAGAUAAUUAGCCCAUUUUUGGCACAGAAACAUGAACAGGUGACAGAGAAAGUAAAAGACAGAAGUAAACGAAAAAUUAGCUUGGAGGAAUCAGAGAUAUCUGGAGCCGAAGGGCCUUCCCAUUCUAGAUCCAAGAGAGAUCGAAUAUCCUCUGAUAAUGACUCUUUGGGAAAAUCUCAGAAAGGCAGUAUCGAUCUGUCUAAACCACCCACGGAAAACACAGAAACCAUAGUACUGCUGUCAUCAAAACCAAGUAAAAAGGAGAAGAAGAAAAACCACUGUAACUCUGUUCAGCCGGAUCAAGUAUUUCUCAUCUCUAAGGAACAAAACACACCAAGUCUGGAACAGUCUUGGAACAGUUUGGAACAAGUAAUAAAAACUCUGGAAGACAUGACAAAGCUCAAAGCCAAAGUGCAGGAGAAACAGAGAGCAGUCUUGACUGUAAAACAAAAACCCAAAUUUGCUCCAAAAGAGAUUCAAGUAUUGGAGCAGGAGCUGCAACAACUGCAAGAACAGUUAUGUACGGAGCAGCAGCAGCAGCAGCAACAAGUAGAUCAGUUGGAGAAAACUUUCUGUAAUGAACUACAGAAAGCAAACAAAGAACAUGGAGAAGAAAGACUGAAAGACCAACUUGCUCAGAUUCUACUACAGCAUCAGGCCCUGAUGGAAGAACUGAAUCGUAAUAAGAAAGAUUUUGAAGAAAUAAUUAAAGCCAAGGAUAGGGAAUUGAAAGAAACCAAGGAGGAGAAGGAGAAAGCAAGGGCACAAAAAGAGGAGGCACUGAGCCAUAUGAACGAUGUGUUGGAGAAUGAGCUGCAGUGUACAAUUUGCUCUGAACACUUUAUUGAGGCUGUUACUCUGAAUUGUGCACAUAGCUUCUGCUCCCAUUGCAUUGAUGAAUGGAUGAAACGUAAGGUGGAGUGUCCAAUAUGUAGAGGGACAAUAUUAUCCAAGACUCGGUCACUGGUUCUGGACAACUGUAUUGACAGGAUGGUGGAAAACUUGGAUGCUGAGACAAAGCACCGGCGCCUGUCCCUUAUCCAAGAGAGAAAAGGAAAGCAGAUUGUUCCACCAAGCCCACCAUCAGACAGUGAGAGCAGUAGUCUUACCUCUUCUUCAGACAGUGAGAGCAGUAGUCUUACCUCAACAAUAGAUAGUGAGAGUAGUAGCCUUCCAUCUAUGCAUUCCCUUAGUAGUACUUUCACAAGCAGCUCUGAAAGUGAUGAUUAUGAGGGUGACUACGAUAGUCCCCAUGUGAUAUGAAAAUCUGCUCUGCAUGCGUGCAGCUUUUUGGAAUCUCCUCAAGAUGGUUUCUGUGGGGGAAAAGGGUAUUUGGAACAAAGAAGAUGUCAAAUUUUAAAUUGUGGAUUAAAGGAGCUUUGCAGGAUCCUGUUCUUUUCUUCGUUGCAUAUAUGGGUAUCUUAACCUCCAAAAGUCCAAAUUUUCAAUUGUAUGACCCAUUUGUCACACUGGACUCAUGGUGAUUAACCCUUGUCUGUUCUUGCUAUGAAAACUAGGGCUAUGCAAACCUAUUUGAAAGAUGCUUCACAGCAUAAAGGAAUGUGUAUUGAAAAAGUCCUGUUCUGAAUCAGUCAAGCUGCUAAUGUAUUUUUCUCCACGCUCUUUCUUUUCUACAGUCAAGUGAAAAGAACAGGAACAGCUUCCAGAGCAAAUGCAUGAACCUGGCAAAACAUAGCUGUUUAUUGAUUAGAAGAGUAGGGCUUCAUACAUGCUUCUCUGUGUUAAUGAAGCAGAUUUCUUUCAAAGGUUUUCAUAGCUUGAAUAAAAAUUGUGAAUGAGAAUGCACAAGCUUGAAUAUCACAAAUUUGAAUGUUCUCUCAGUAACUUUAACAAUGACAGUUGGUCAAUUGAAAUGUAUACUAUGAUGUGACAGCAGUUUAUAUAUAUAUCUAAUGGUUCAUAAGAAGAAUAAGAAUGGUAGCAUCAGUUAUAACUUUAAAACAUGUUAAUUUAACAUGAUAAUUGUUAAAGUUUGCAGGAAGUGUACUGUGUUUUUCAUAAAAGGAUCUAAAUUGUUUUCCUCAAUUUCUGUUGCCAGAAUAAAGUGAAAUUUAUUCAAAACUUUGUGGGAGGGGAAAGUAACUACUCAGGAUACCUUGAGAUUACAGUGAAGAAAAUCACCUGAAAAAGCAGAGUGAAGAAAGGAAGAUGGAAGAUCACACAAUAUCAGUGUUCUAUCAGUGUUCUAGAAUUUUAUUGUUAUAAGUGUAAAAGACCCAUGUUCCAGGCUUUGCAUUCAAUCCAUCAAGCAAUUGACUAUGCCUUCUUUUUUGUUUUGGUAUUACUUGAAGAUAUUGUUUUAUUUAUUAAUUAAGGUGCAAGAUAUAAAAAAGAAAUAAUCUUUUAUUUCUUUGUUUAUGAAUUUUUGUACAGUCAAU